AGCAAGUCUUAAACUCCUAGGUUUUUCUAAGGGCUGAAUCUCUACGCAGGACAAGAAAGUUUCUCCACCUACCUUGGGUCUUUUGCUAAAGGAGAAAGCACCCAGAAGACUUCUGUAAAAAUGCUUUUCUAUAUACUACUCCUCCUUGGCAUCUUUUUUCUAUGGUGGCAUUGGAGGGCAAGAGAUGAGCUGAAGGUUACAAAUCUCGCUGGCAAAUAUAUGUUCAUCACUGGGUGCGACACAGGCUUUGGAAAUCUUGCAGCAAAGACUUUUGAUCAAAAGGGAUUUCGUGUUUUUGCUGGUUGUCUGACUGAAAAGGGAGCCAAAGAGCUGGCAGCAGUGACCUCCAAGAAGCUUCAGACAGUACUGCUGGAUGUGAAAGAUUCAGACCGUGUUAAGGAAGUGGCUGCUUGGAUCAAAAAUGAAGUUCAGUCCGAAGGUCUUUGGGGACUUGUAAAUAAUGCUGGGAUCAUGGGGCUCUUAGCUCCCACAGACUGGUUGGAUAUCAAGCACUUCAGAGAACCAAUUGAAGUUAACUUAAUUGGGCUCAUAAAUGUCACAAUAAAUAUGCUUCCCUUGAUAAAGAAAGCAAAGGGAAGAAUAGUAAAUGUAUCCAGCAUUGGAGGUCGCAUAGCAUUCAGCAGUGGAGGCUACUCCCCUUCAAAAUUUGGGGUAGAAGCAUUUAAUGACAGUUUAAGGAGAGACAUGAAAGCUUUUGGAGUUAAAGUUUCCUGCAUUGAACCUGGACUGUUCAAAACAGCAUUAUCAAAUUCAACAAGGAUUAUGGAAGAAAAGGAGAUUAUCUGGGAUCAGCUUCCUCCUAGUAUUAAAAAGCAAUACGGAGAUGAGUAUUUUAAGAACGAUGCAGCAAAGAAAGAAAAGCUGUCCAAGAUGUGUCUUAACAGAGACAUUUCAUCAGUUGUUCGGUGUAUGGAACAUGCCCUGACGAGCCGCCACCCUUGCACCUGUUACGUUGUUGGGAGGGAUGCUAAGGUUUUUUGGAACCCCCUUUCCAAAAUGCCUGCAGCUGUACAAGACUUCUUUCUUCUGAGAAACAGAGCAGAGCUUGCAGCUUCACAGGCAGAGUGACAUCUUUGCCAGUAUAAUCCCAGAUGAUAACCCCAAAUCUCAUCACAAAGACAACUUGUCUUUUAUUUCAACAUGAGCCAAAUUG